GAUUGUCGCAUGUUUUUCAACAUCAAGCCCCCAUCUAGUACAUUCAUUUGCGGCGCCCAGGGCUCCGGAAAGAGCCACACCCUGUCCUGUAUCUUGGAGAACUGCCUCAUCACGUCCAAGGCUGGGAACUUGUCCAGUCCCUUGACAGGUCUGGUGUUCCAUUAUGAUGCAUUCAUCAGCGAUAGGGCUGGCUCACCAUGCGAGGCGGCCUUCCUCUCCUCGCACGACGACGUCGAGAUGCGCGUACUGUGUUCCCCGACAAAUUUGCACACAAUCAAGAUAUUCAAUGUCUGUCUGACCUUUUUCCUCGAGCAAGCCCCGGAAACGGCGCGGGUGGUUGGGUUAGAUGAGGCCCAUAAGUAUAUGAACGCCUCAAUCGAAGCCCGCAAAUUCACCGACACCCUUCUGUCAGCUGUUCGGCUGCAGCGCCACCUCGGGAUCCGCAUGAUCAUCUCCACUCAGGAGCCCACAAUCUCAGCGACCCUUCUCAGUCUGUGCUUCACGACGAUCUUCCACCGGUUCAUGUCCCCGGACUGGCUGAAGGUCUUGCACAGACACCUUGCCGGCGCCGCCGAGGAGCCUCACCGGAGCGAUCCCGACGACCCCAGCGUCCAAGCCCAUGUCUCCCUGCUCAAUCAGAUUCUGGACCUUCAAGUCGGCGAGGCGCUCCUUUUCUCGCCCAGUGCCAUCAUAAAGGCGAGCGCCUCCGAGGAUGGCGACCUGAAGUUCCACCGAUUAGGUGCGGAACCCCUGCGGAUUAGGGUUCGGCACCGCAUCACCUCCGAUGGGGGACAGACUGUGCUUUCACUGUGA